AUGACUGCCGAUGAAUUGGUUCUGCCAGAAAGCUGGUCGCCCGAGCUAAAGGCUGCCGUCACGGCCUUCAAGCAAGGGCUUGGAAUCAAAGAUCUCGCUGUUCUUCGGCAAGUUCUGUCAAUGGCUCCUGUAUACCCUACUCCAGAAGGAAUUACUGUGACCGAUGUGAAGAUUCCAAGACUUGCUUGCUCGUUGGAGGAAUCAGCCUCAGGCGAAAUUGAUGCCGAAUGGGUCGUCCCCACUGGCAAAGAACAAGAUGAAAGCUUGCCAAUCGUACUCUACUUCCACGGUGGAGGAUAUGCAAUUAUGAGCCCAAAGUCCCACCGAUACAUUACAACCACCUUGGCUUCAAGCGGCUUGAGAGUACUAUCUGUUGACUAUCGCAUGGGACCAGAAGCCCCUUAUCCAGCUGCGGUAGUUGACGCUUUCAGCUCCUUUAAAUACUUGCUUUCGCAAGGCUACGAUGCCAAAAUCAUCACCUUCUCUGGCGAUUCUGCUGGAGGAGGUUUGUCACUUGCUACCGCUUUAUAUUUGCGUGACAAGAACGAGACUUUCCCAAGCGGGCUUGCGCCCCUCACUCCUUGGAUUGACUUGCGAGGCAACACGCCAAGUGACCUUCUUUUGGAGGAGUUUAUGUCAGACAUCAUUUCCCCUUCAAGUGCAGGUGGUCUUGACAUGAUGGUUGGAGCAUACGCCAACAAAAAGGGCUCUGAGGCCGUCGACCCUUACAUCUCUCCAGUCAUUGACACUCCAACGAGCGUUCGACUCCCUCCAGCCUUCGUAACUACUGGAACGGUUGACCGUUUGAUGUCUGAAGAUCUCGCCGAUACUCUUAAGCGUACCGCCGCCGGAGACGUCGUUCAAUUGUACUUGUAUGAAGACCAGGUCCAUGCAUUCCAAGGAAUCCCAGUAGCAAAGGCAUCAGUACAUGCCCUCAAGAAGGAAGCCGAAUUCGUCAAAGACGUAGCAACUGGUGCAAAACUUUCCACCAAGUUUGUUUUCGUAUCCAAUGCCUUCAAGGAGCGUGAAAUGAGUCUUGAUGAGGUCAAAAGCACGCUCAAGAAACUGAUUGAAAGGGCCGAAGCUAUGGAUGGCAACAAGGCCGACUUUACGCAGUACAAGUCACUAUGCGCGUAA